AGCGCACGGCGCCUAAUCCACGUGCGGCGACGCGUUGAUUGGCAGUCAACGGAUGCGCACGUGCACGAGUUGGGUCGCGUUGACCUGGCGUUGAGCACGUUGUAUAAAGUGGCUUGCCUUAGUCCACCAUGGCUCCUCUACUCCCGCCCUUGCCACCACCGCACGCAACUUUAACGUCUACUUUAUCACUCUUCGAACUUUGCUCCAUUUGCAAUGGCCCGCACCAAGCAAACCGCUCGCAAGUCCACUGGUGGUGAGUACUGCAAAGCACCUCGUAAGCAACUCGCUGCCAAGUCACAGGCUAGAAAGACUUCCGCUGCCGCGACUGGUGGUGUGAAGAAGCCCCAUCGUUUCCGCCCUGGUACCGUCGCUCUUCGUGAGAUUCGUCGGUACCAGAAGUCAACGGAGCUGCUCAUUCGCAAGCUCCCCUUCCAACGUCUCGUUCGUGAAAUCGCUCAGGACUUCAAGACUGAUCUGCGAUUCCAAUCGUCGGCCGUCAUGGCUCUUCAGGAAGCCGCCGAGGCUUACCUUGUUUCAUUAUUUGAAGACACCAACCUUGCUGCUAUCCAUGCCAAGCGUGUCACCAUCCAACCGAAAGAUCUUGCAUUGGCUCGUCGUCUCCGAGGAGAGAGGUCAUAAUUCUUUCUCGGCUCCUAUUUGGUUACGCGUGUGACGCGUUGUAUCGUUAAGGAUUGUUGUAUUGUUUUAUUAUACUGUAAUUCUACUGUAAUGAUAAGGUGUUCUUUGCGGUUCACGCCUUGACAUUUGAGCAGA